UUCAUAAAUUUCAUCAUGUCUACUUCCCGCACCAUAAUAUUUGCGCUGCUCAGCUUCCUCGCUGGCGUCAAUGCGUGUCUACAGUGCGCAGCCUCAUUGGACGUCGACGGUAGUGCCGUUGCACUAUCCAAAACCUUCCUGAAUGACGGGGUCAGAUAUUGCAUUUAUGGUUCAUCAGCGAACUGUCAGUAUGACGCCAAGGACGGCCUGUUUGUAGAAGGGGAUGAUGCUUGUCCGCGCACAAGGUACUGUUAAUGAUCACUGCUGAACGUGAUGUGAGGAGGUGGAGGAGACGAGACACCCAACAGGAGGAGCAAUGUUUGUCUGCGAAUAGCCCGGUGUCAU